GCCAGGAGUGGGGGGGCGGUCCUCUGCGUGGUGACGUCACACCAUGGCGCCGCUCAUCUAUUUCUGCGGCAGCGUUCGUGGCGGGCGAGGGGACGCGGCGCUGUACGCGGCCCUCAUCGGGCACCUGCAGAGCCACGGCCGCGUGCUCACGGCUCACGUCGGCUGCCAGGGGCUGGCGGCGAGCGGGGAGGCGAAUCUGGACGAAGCCUACAUCUACAGGCGCGACAUGGAGUGGCUUGAACAAGCAGACGUUGUUGUUGCAGAAGUGACGCAGCCAUCCCUUGGAGUUGGGUACGAGAUUGGUCGCGCUGUUGCCAUGAAGAAGAACAUUCUUUGCUUGUUCCGACCAUCUUCCGGGUGGGCAUUGUCGGCCAUGAUCCGUGGGACACAGGAAAAUGAAGGCGUGCAGGUGAAAGAUUAUUCGGAGGAGAAAGAAGCGCGUGAUAUUAUCACACAGUUUUUAAACACCCUACAACAGCCCACUACUCUACCUUAGCAUCACUGAGCCCCGGGUGUCCUACUGUGGCCUCACUUUUUUGUCAUGGAAUAUGUACACAUUAAGACAAUCUAUGGUUUGUAUGAUUUUUACGGUUGUAAAAUAUUACAAAAUUACCGACGAGUAACGUAUGAUCACUGGUUGAAGGUCACAAUGGAGUUUUCUUCUCGCGCAUCUGCUGCUGUGCAGUGGAAUAAGUGGGCACCACUCUUGGUUCUAGUUCACAGUUGGUCCAACGAUUUCUAUAAUCUUGUUGCACUUACACACUGCUAAGUUGCGACAGGUAAGCUUGACUGAAGCUAGCAACAAUUCAAUAAUUACAAUUAAAACUUUUUUUGAAAACA